AAUUCAGUCGCCCGCAAAGUGCACCAAUCGAACAUGAUACCGAAAAUCAGAUUGCACUACACGGCCGUAAAAUCAAGCGGAAUCGCUUCAAAUGGGGUCCAGCUUCGCAAAGUAUUUUGUAUCGCGCUUACCAGCACAACCGCAAUCCAAGCAAAGACGAACGCGAACAGCUAGUUGCUGAGUGCAAUUCAGCGGAGUGCAUACAGCGUGGUGUAUGCCCGACACAGGUGAACGGAUUGGGGGCGAAUCUCGUCACCGAAGUUCGCGUGUACAACUGGUUUGCAAAUCGUAGGAAAGAGGAAGCGUUUAAAAACAAACUAGCGUUGGAGAACGCUCACCACCAACAGGUACUAACGUACCACCAACAACAAGGUAGCACCGUGGAAUCGAUGCCACUUGACACAGUGACGGAUAUGAUGGUUGAGAGCAGUAACCAAGGUACAACAACGGCCAUCAUCCACCCAACGGGCUCUACCAAUCUUCUCAUUGGUGGAAGCCACAUAACGUCAUUAUCAAACAUGGAGAACAGCCAUCUGGGUGUUCAGCACGAGAACCAGCAAUCGAAACAACCGAUGGUCAACUUUCCCACCACUCACCCAAUGGUCAAUGUAAGUUAUGUAUAA